AUGUCGAGAAGAACCAAUAAGAUAUUAGGACUAGUAAGUGAUUCUAAUGGUUGUAAUAUUAAUUAUAAAGUCCCUAAACCACACGUGCGUAGAAAUUUAAUCAGAGAGCUGAACUCAACAAAACACACUUCAUUUUACAAUUGUAAAAAAAAUGUAUCAGAAUGGAUUAAUAAUAAUGACAGUGCAAAAUAUAAAAAGCAUGACGGUAAUUUUGUAGAUUUGGAAACUAUUAAUCCACCUGAACAAAUUUUAUCUUUAGUCAAAGAUGAUGCUAAUAAGGUUAUUGAGAAUGCUAAAAGUUUAAAUGAAGACAUACCUAUGCAGGAAGAUGAUAUAGGAAUAGGAUAUUGUGAUGUUAUGAAUAUAGACAACUUUGAAUAUAUAUUUUUAAACGAACCUGAACAAGCUACAGUCAAUAUUCAAAACAAAAUAAUAUCAAAUACAAUUUUUGAAUCUGAGACUAUAGAAGAAGUUGAACAUUUUCAAAAUGAAUGUGUAGAAACAGUUGAGUGUGUUGGAGUUUUUGAACAUUUGGAAAAAGCAAAUGACAUAAUAAAUUAUGUGCCUGAAAUCUGUAUGCCUAUAGUUGAAGAAAAUGUUCAUACACGAAAUGAAAAAAAAAAGAGAGUAAGUAAGAAAAAUGACACAAGACAACGUAGAAAUGACAUAACACUAAAAAGAAAUUCGGGUGAUGAGUAUAAGACAAGGACGGGAAAAACGAUGGAUAAGCGAGUUUGUGUACCCUUGGUUAAAUGUAGAGCAAAUUGUCUAGAAAAAGUUGAUAGCGAGUUACAACAAAAAAUAUUUACCAAUUAUUGGUCUUUUAAAAUGUAUGAUAGGCGAAUCACAUUUAUUUCUGGUUUAAUAACAAGUAGCGAUAAAAUUACACAGAGAAAAAGAAGAGAUACCCCGGAAAAACAAAAAAAUCGAGAUAAAACAUAUCAUUACUCUAUUCCCAAAGACGGUAAAAAUGUUUUAGUGUGUAGAGGGUGCUUUUUAAAAAUAUUCGGGGAAACUGACAAAUUUAUUAGAAAUAUCUGUCUUAAAAAGAUUAAUUCUCCCGUCAAUACCUGUCCACCAGAUAAAAGAGGAAAGGCUGUACCGCGAAAUAAAUGUUCACCUGAAGUUAUAAAAAAUAUAACUAAUCACAUUGACAACCUUCCAGCAUAUCAAAGUCAUUAUUGUCGUCGUGAAACAAGUAAAAAAUAUUUGCCUUCCCAUUUUACAUUACAACAUAUUUACGACGAAUACUCUAAAACUGUAGACAAACCUGUAAGUCGUACAAUAUACCAAAAAUAUUUUCAAUUAUCUGGUCUUAAAAUUAAAAGUCCAAAAAAAGAUACGUGCUCUACUUGUGAUAAAUUAAAAAUUCAACUGACUAACACAAAUUGUUCUAACGAACAAAAUAUAAUUCUGAAAAAUCAACAAAUUCAACACCAUAACGAUGCUGAAGAAGCGUAUAAUAUAAAAAAGCAAGACAUUGCUACAUCGUCUGAUAAUCAUUGUGUACUCGCAUUCGACUUACAACAGUGCUUACCAACUCCUAGUUUGGAAUCUUCUGUUGCCUUCUAUAAAAGGCAACUGUGGACUUUUAAUUUUACCAUACAUGAUACCGGGUCAUCUAUUGCUUCAAAUUAUAUUUGGAAUGAAACAUUGGCGAAAAGGGGGGCCAAUGAAAUCGGUUCAUCUCUUUAUCACUAUUUCAAUAAUUUGCCAUCAAACGUUUCCCAUGUGACCAUGUAUAGCGACUGUUGUCCAGGACAAAAUAAAAAUGGAAUAAUUAUGGCCAUGUGCCUUUAUUUUUUGGAAAGACAAGAAAAUGUAAAGAUCAUUGACCAUAAAUUUAUGGUUCCAGGUCAUUCCCGAAUGGAAUGCGAUUCGGACCAUGCGAAAAUUGAAAAGGCAAAAAAACGUUACCCCUUCUCCAUAAAUCAUCCACAUGAUUGGUUUAAACUUAUCCAAUGGGCUGGAAAAGAUAAAUUUAUAAACACUGAAAUGAAACAAGAUCAAUUUUUUGAUUUUGGUAAUUUAUUGAAAACAAAAUAUCAAAUGAAGAAAAAAAAUGAAAAUGGAGACAUUUUUCUAUUUCGUAAUGUUAAAUGGUUCAGGUACGAAAAAGAAAAAAAGACAUUAGUGCAAUAUAAAGGUACAUUAAACGCAGAAGAUAAAUUUGAAGAAAUAAAUAUGAUUCGCAGAAAAGUAAAAAGUGAUGUAUUACCAAAGGCCUAUAACGAAAUCUUACCGAUAGCCGACGAAAAAAAAAAGGACCUUCUUUCCCUUUUACAAUUCAUACCAGAAGUUUAUCACCAUUAUUAUUAUAAUUUAAAAUCAAACACAGAUAAUGUUAAUGAUGCAAUAGUUUCAUCCGAAGAUGAUAAUGAUUCCUAA